GGCAGGUUAGUGCGCAUGCGCAUUCUGGAUAUUUCUUCACGUGGAGCUAUCCUUCAGCGUACCAUAUUCACGCUCACCAAGGAUUCGGGGUGCAGAUUCACGCCGGCUCUCAGACCUCACACACGUCCAGAAAUGGCUUUCAGAAAAUUCCUUCCUCUGUUUGACCGGGUGCUUGUGGAGCGCUUCACAGCAGAGACGGUAACAAAGGGGGGCAUCAUGCUGCCAGAGAAGUCUCAAGGCAAAGUGCUGCAGGCUACAGUGGUGGCAGUCGGACCUGGCUCUGUCACCCAGGAUUUCUACAACUGGCCAGAUGAAUCAUUUGAGGAGAUGGACAGCACCCUGGCUGUCCAACAGUAUAUUCAGCAGAACAUCCGAUCGGACUGCUCCAAUAUCGACAAAAUCCUGGAACCUCCUGAGGGUCAGGAUGAGGGCGUGUGGAAGUAUGAGCACCUCAGGCAGUUCUGCCUGGAGCUCAACGGGCUAGCUGUGAAACUGCAGAGUGAGUGCCAUCCAGACACCUGCACCCAGAUGACAGCCACGGAGCAGUGGAUCUUUUUAUGUGCUGCCCACAAGACACCCAAAGAAUGCCCUGCCAUCGAUUACACCAGGCACACGCUGGACGGAGCUGCCUGCCUUCUUAAUAGCAACAAAUACUUCCCCAGCAGGGUGAGCAUCAAGGAGUCAUCAGUGGCCAAGCUGGGCUCUGUUUGUCGUCGCAUCUAUAGGAUAUUCUCUCAUGCUUACUUCCAUCAUCGCCAGAUAUUUGACAAGUAUGAGAAUGAAACGUUCCUGUGUCACCGGUUCACACGCUUCGUGAUGAAGUACAACCUGAUGUCCAAGGACAACCUGAUCGUUCCCAUCCUGGAGGAGGAAGUGCAGAACACCUCUUCAGCUGGGGAGAGCGAAGCCUAAGAGACAGCUCCUGCUGCUGCCACCAUAAGGGAGACACAUGUAAACAUAUUUCUACAUUACAGAGGAGACUCAUUCAUUACACACACACACACACACACACACACACACACACACACACACACCAGUGUAUUGAGGCUCCCGUCUAGUAACACUGUCCAUGUCCCUCCUCCCCAGUCACCUGUAUCUCUAAAAGGAUGUAAGGGUAAAGAUGACCAGGAGCAGAGUUCAGUCAUGCCUGCAGGACACAAUUAUUUUUUCUAUUUCCACUCAGAGGUUGGGGGUACAGCCCUGCUCUCACUUCUCCUGUAGAGAAACCCUGUUCAUAAUCCCGCAUGUCCACAGGAUCCAGCUUGUGUGCUCACGGCUCCGUGGCUGCUUCCCAGCACGCUGGAGGCAUUUAGUUUUCCAGCAGAUGAAAACACUCAUUUAGAUCAAUUGUGGCUGUACUUGAAUUUAAUGACCCUCUGUGCCUCUUUACUUCACUCGCCCACCAGUAUAGCCCAUCUCAGAUUUAUCUUCACUAUAUUUAGAAUAAAGGGAUAAAUUUUUUGUUUUUUAGCACACAUGAGCACCUAUAAUCUUAUUUUAGAUAAGAAAUAAAGGAAUCAUAAAUACCGUGUAAAUAAGGACAACUUUAACAGCAUUAACCAUGAAAGCUUAAAUACUGAUGGGGGAACUGCAGUGUGAAAGGUUUUACCCUCCAGCAGUUCCUGAUUAGAGGAGCAUUCUUCAGAUUUGAAGGAAAUAUGCAGCAGCUUUAAAGCUUGCAGUCAGUGUUUUGUAUGGUUGGCUAACGUUUUAACGUUUGGAGCCCUUUUUAGUUCCCACACACUUUGACUGUCUACGUUAUAACACCUUGUACUGAGCAUAGAACACGAAGCAGUUCUUGCAGGUAUUCAUCCAUCCUCAGCAGCGAUGGAGCCGUGACACCACGCUGCCUCUCGCUCUGGACAUCGCAGGCUAAUCUUCCUCAGGCAGCUGGAAAGCAGAAAGCCUCUGUAACUAUGGUGACCUGUAUUGUUGAGAAAGGCCCACACUGACAGCUCUCCCUCCUUCUGUGUAUAUAAACCCUCUGCCACUCCUCCCCGUUUAAAUUCACUCAUGUUUUCUGUGCACUUUUCUCCUGACUGCUUCUGUUCUUUUUGCUUGUAUUGCCUACCAGUCUGAUUUGGGGGUGUCCCAUGAGAUGGAUCACUAAAUUAGCCUGCUGACUUAAUAAUGCUAUUAAAACACAAUGUAGGUGUGCGGUUCGUGUGGUAGUGAACAAAGAAAACCGUAAUCUCUUAGCUCUGUAUGUGUACUAGCAGUCAGAUAGUCUCUUCGGCCUUUGACGUGUAUAGGAAGGCUGUUUGGCUAACUCUGAUCCUGCAUCGUGACAUGUCCCCACUUCAUAAUACUGUGUCCAGUGUGCCUGAUGUUCUCAUCUCCUGCAGCAGUGGGCAACGUUUGGCUGCUUUAAGCAUUCAAUAAGUCAUCCAGGAAGGAGAGAACAUCGGCCACAUUUACAUGUCGGAGCACAACCUUCUUUUACCCUCUCCCUCAUUAAGUUAUUUUGUGGGAGGAGCCUGAUCCAACCCACUUUAUUUUUUUUUAUUGGACUAAAAAAAUUUUUUGUUACUGUUGACAUUUUCAUGUCUGUUAAUAAAAACAA